CAGCCUCAUCGGAAAUACCAUUUGCAGGAUGACACCUCGACAUCGCAAUUUGCAGUCGGUCCCACACGAGACAGACUGGUUACUGCAACCUAGGAACAACAACACUUCACCGACAAAGUCGCGUGUCCACCGGAUCGCCGCCCAUCUUUCGGCGGAAAUCAACCCUCACUAUGGAGAUCUCUUACUCUUAUUCUGCUAUGUCAUUACUGGCCUACUUGAUAGCUCCGCCGUGUUUAUUUGGGGCUCCUUCGUGAGCAUGCAAACAGGCAACACCGUGUACCUGGGGCUGGGCCUGAUCGGCGUAGACGAGACCACCCGCUGGAUCAAAGCCGGCGUCUCCAUUUUCAGCUUCUGCUUCGGUUCCUUCUGCUUCGCUGCGUUCCACCGGCGGUUUCCCUCGCGGCAGCGCUGGGUGCUUUGUGCGUCGUUCGCCGUCCAGAUGCUCUGUAUCGCAGUCGCAGCGACGAUCGUGACCAUGCACUUUCCGUCCAGAAACUCGGAGCUCAGUUGGAAAGCCCUCGUGCCGCAAGUUUUGGUCGCGUUUCAGAGUAGUGGACAGGCGGUGACGAGCCGCAUCCUGGAGUUUAAUGGGUUGACCAGUGUGGUGCUGACCAGUGUCUACUGUGACUUUUUCUCCAACCCCAGGUUUCCGUCGCUUUCUGCGGUUGAGGAGAGGAGGCGACUUGGCGCGAUUGUUUGUUUACUUCUCGGGACGGUUCUAGGAGGGCUGUGGGCAAGAAGUUCGGUGGGAUUGAUGGGGCUUUGUGGACGGCAGUUUUGUGUAAGGGGUUGAUUGCCGGUGCCUGGCUGGGAUGGAAAGGGCAGCAGAGUGAUGAUUGAGCAUCUAAUAAAGCAUCUUCGCGUCGUUAUAUAGACAUAGCCCUGUCUUAAACGCUAAAGCAAUCAUCAG